AUAGACACUAUACGACUGCCGUAAAGUGAGGGUUACCAGGGACGACGGAAGCACCAUGGCGGAUUACGGGGGUAGAUUUGAAAGUGCGAAAGCACUGGCGGAUAGAAGAGAAGUUAAGCGGAGAGUGAGGGAGGAGGCCCUGGCCAAGGCUCAAGCUAAAUAUGAAAACGAGGAGAGAAAGAAACAGCUCAAACGUUUACGUGGUGAGGACACAUGGAUGUUGCCAGAUGUUAAUGAACGAAUAGGAGAGUUUUCUGAGGAACAUUCUAUUAAAUCCAAGAAGAAAAAAAAGAAAUCAAAGAAAGACAAAAAGGUGAAAAAAAGGAACAAGUCAAAAGAUAAGACAGAAGCAUUCAGUGACAGCUCUUCGAGUUCAGAGCUUGAAUGGGUUGAAUCUACAGCUGUUCCUAAUAUUGACAACAGUCAGAAACCCUGGAAAAUUAAAGAAGAACAAUCAAGUUCAGCAGAAAAAACAGACCCCAUUCAGAGGGAUGAAUGGAUGACAUUAGACUUUAUGUCCAUAAAGUCUGUAUCUACUGCUGAGAUCCAAGCUGGAAAACUGGAGAAGAAAAAAAUGGAGCAUGAGAAAGUGAAAGCCAUUGAACAGGCUGAAGUAGACAAAAGAGAAUUAAAUCCCUUUUGGAAAAAUGGAGGAACAGGCUUGCCAUCUGAGGAAAAUGACUCAACAGAAAUUCAAAAAGCAGCUUCAGUAGAAGAUGGUGGGCUGAGCUGGUUGACACGAUCCUAUAAGCGCAUGAAGGAACAGGCAGAGAGGGAUCAGCGUCAACUGGAGGAUGUAAUUGCUGAGAGAUAUGGUUCUGUGGAAGUAUUUCAGGAGAAGCUACAAGCUGCCGAAGAAGUUGCAGCAUCAAGCUGUCCAAAGUAUUCUGAAAGGAGUUGGAGAGGGUCUUGGGGAAAAACAAGGAACUGGACUUCUGAUCAGAUUGAUAAGAAAAAACAUGAUUCUGGAAGAGGACAAAAUGUAGACAAAGACAGACAUGAGAAACGUGAGAGUGCUGUUGAGAGAGAGAAACUAGUAGGAAAUUUCCAGGAUGAAUUUAAGUGGAAAAGGGAUAAAGAAAGACAAGAAACUCCCAGUCGAUGUAAAGAUAACAAAUCCAUUGAAAGAGGGGUGGAAAUGGAGCAUGCUGAAGAUAAAAAUAGAGAAUGUAGAAUCCAAGAAGAAAAACAUAAGGAGAAAGGGCAACGAAGUACUGGUGCCAGAAAUUUAGGAAGUGACCAUUUUCAUGAAAGAGAGAAAGAUAAAUCCUUUCCCUUAAAUGAUUUAAAAUCCAAGUUUUUGAAACCUGAAGAUUCCAGAAGUGGUAGGGGCAAUUGGGGUAUCAAGUUUCCAAGCUGUUCUAAUCGAUUGUCAGAUUCACAGCCUUCUCAGAGUUGCAGUUUUCAAAAACCAGAUGACGGUAGUGAUCGUAAAUUGGUGUGGAGCAGAUCCAAUAGUGGGAAAAGCACAUCGGAACAACUUACAUCACUACCACACCAGAGAAGUAUUGCUACACUUGAAGAAAUGCCUAAUGCUGCUGAGGAAUGGACAGAGACCAAGCCCAGGGAAAACACCAUGCAAGCAGAAGGUGCUCAGUGCCAACGCAAGUCAAGUUCUAGAGCUACUGCUGUGAUUGAAGAAUCUGUGCUGGCCCUCAGUGAGGAAGAAAUGAAUAAGCUGGGUGCUAAGGUCAUCAAAGCAGAACUGAUGGGAAACAUAGAACUGGCAUCAAAACUUAAGGCCCAGCUGGAGGAGGCUCGGAAGUUGAAGGAACGAGGAAAAGGUCUUACACCAGCUACAACACUGAGGAGGACUGACACUGUGCCAUCAGAUGAAGAUCGUAAUGUCGUACUUGUUCGGACUGAUCCGUCUGGGAGAGUAUGGCCUGUUGAUUCUCCGGCAGAAAUCAUGAUCCAAGCACAAGGGAAGAAGAAGAGACAAAUGAUUGAAACUCACCAUGAAGGAGAACGGAUUAGAUACUUUCAGGAUGAUGAUAAUCUGAGUCUACAAGAUUUGGUUAGACAAGAAAAAAUGGCAACUGCAGAAGAUCAAAAUGAAAGGUUCUCACGGAUGGCUUCUAAAUUUCUUGAGAAAAUGGAUAGGGACUACUACACAUUGGAUGACAUGUUUGUGUCAAAAGCAGCCAGAAAAGAUCAGCCAGGUCGUGAAUGUGAAAGGCAACGAAAUAAAGCUAUGCAUGAACAUAAGCAUUUGGCUAAGCGGAUGGAGAAAUGCCAAUACUGCUUUGAUAACCCAGAACUUCCAAAACACCUUAUCAUUAGUAUUGGUGUAAAGGUAUAUUUGUGCCUUCCUAAUUACCAAUCAAUGACAGAUGGUCACUGCCUAAUAGUACCCCUCCAGCAUCAUACUGCAGGUAACCUGUUGGAUGAAGAUAUCUGGGAGGAAGUGCAGCUCUUCCGAAAAACCUUGGUGAAAAUGUUAGAAGACAAAGGUCUUGACUGCGUUUUUUUUGAGACAAAUAUGAGUUUGAAGAAACGAUUUCAUAUGGUAUAUGAAUGUAUUCCACUGCCAAAAGAACUUGGAGAUAUGGCUCCUAUUUACUUUAAGAAAGCUAUAAUGGAGUCCGAUGAAGAGUGGGCCAUGAACAAGAAGCUAGUUGAUCUUUCAAUAAGGGAUAUCCGCAGAGCUGUUCCUAAAGGUCUUCCUUAUUUUUCUGUGGAUUUUGGUCUUCAAGGUGGAUUUGCUCAUGUCAUUGAAAAUGAAGACAAGUUUCCUUUUUACUUUGGGAAGGAAAUUGUUGGCGGCAUGUUAGAUCUAGAGCCAAGGCGAUGGCGGAAACCUUACAGAGAAAACUUUGACGAUCAGAGGAAGAAAGUGCUGCAGUUUUCACAGUGGUGGAAGCCUUAUGAUUGUACCAAAACCAAAAAUAAGGAAUAAGGUUGCCUUUUACAAGAAAAUGAUUAAAAACAUUCUAUUGGACAGACAAUUUCUUUACAGUGUUCUCUAGGUAAACCACCUCUGCUUAGGUAAACUAAAAAAAGUUCAAUUUUUUUGCCAUGAUGUGGCCUCCAUCAGGUUAGAGUACAACACCGCCAAUUCUGUCUAGAAAGCUUCCAUAAGUAUUGAUUUCUCCAAAUUCUAGUAACUGUCCCCCAUCCCCCUCCCCAGCUGUCAGUCAACUCCCCUGGUGUCCCUUCUCCUUCCCUAUCUCCCCAUGGCCCACUCUCCUCUCCUGUCAGAUUCCUUAUUCUCCAGCCCUUUACCUCUCCACCUUUCACCCUGCUGCUUCAUACAUUGUCACCUUCCCCUAACCACCUGGCUUCACAUUUGUACCCCCCCCCCCCCCCCAACUUCUUAUUCUGGCAUCCUCCUCCUUCCUUUCCAGUCCUAAUGAAGGUGUCAAUGUGAAAUGUUGACCGUUUAUUCCUCUCAUCAUGAAGCUUUCAGAUGCCAGUACAAGAAUUAUUCUUGUAGAUAAGAAAUUAUUCUAUAUUGAAAAUAGUUAAAUUGGUAUUAUUUUGCACUGUAAAUAGCAAAUAAAAGCAGGCUUAAUGUACAUUUUUAAUUUGUCCUCAGCUGAGGUUCAAGUUUCAUCGUGUUUAUAAAAGCAAAUUAAAAUUUGAUACUGUAAAUAGUUGUAAAUUUCUGUUUCAUCACAAUGGGCUUGUGAGUUACAUCUUUGAAAUGGAGAAAGUACAAUUCAAGGAGUUGUUCAAUGUAAAAACAAGUUCAGUUAGGCAGUGAGUUGUGGUUGGGCAUCUGUUCAAGGAAGUUAGAGAGGAUCCUCAGACCAUCUGGAUGUGGUAUGAAGGCAUUUUUGUGUUUUUAUUAAACUUUCAUCAUCAGGGAGAAAAUUCAAAAAUCAGAACUCCUUAAACAUUAACUUACUGAUUAAGUCAGUGGUAAGGAAGGCAAAUUAAUUUUAGCAUUCAUUUCGAGAGGACUAGAGUGUAAGAAUAAGCAUGUAAUGCUGAGGCUUUAUAAGGCAUUGGUUAAACCACCUUUGGAGUAUUGUGAGCACUUUUGGGCCCCUUAUCUAUGAAAAGAUGUGGUGGCAUUGGGAGAGGGUCCAGAGGAGAUUCAAGAGAAUGAUUCCAGGAAUAAAAGGGUUAACAUAUGAGGAAUGUUCUUUGGCUCUGGGCCUGUACUUACUGGAGUUUACAGGAAUGAGGGCAGAAUCUCAUUGAAACCUUAUUGAAUAUUGAAAGGUCUAGAUAGAGUGGGUGUGAGGAUGUUUCCUAUAUUAAGUGAGUCUAGAAUCAGAAGGCACAGCCUCUGAAUAGAAGGGUGUACAGCACUGUGCAAAAGUCUUAGGAACAUAUACAGUAUAUAGCUACGGUGCUCAGUACUGUAAUAAUUUUAUAUACUGCACUGUACAGGUGUUGCAAAAAAAGAAAUUUCACGACAUAUGUGAGUGUUGAUACACCUCAUUCUGAUAUGGUCUUUAUUAUGGAUUGAGAGUGGAAAGGGGGCAGGGAGAGGGGACUCAUGGUUGGGAAAAGGGGAAGGAGGAAGGGAGGGAGCAGGAAACACCAGAGAGACAUUCUGUAAUGAUAAGUAAACCAAUUGUUCGGAAUCAAAUGACCUUGCCUGGUGUCUCAGGGCUGGGUAUGUAUGCACACACACCACCCCCUGCCAGGCACUCCUUCUCUGCCACCUGUGCCACACCCCUUCCUUGGCAUUCCCAACAUCCUUUGCUCCUGGCAGAUUUGCAAACUCACUCUUCACUCCAUGUUGACAAAUAUAGUACUGUGCAAAUAUCUUGGACACUCUCACUAUAUAUAUCUAUAUAUAUGUGCCUAAAACCUUUGCAGAGUACUAUACCUUUAGAACAAAGAUGAAGAGGAAUUUCAUUAGCCAGAGGGUGGUGGAACGUGUGGAAUUCAAGUCAUUGAGUAUAUUGAAAACAGAGGUUUAUAGGUUCUUGAAUGGCAUCAAAGUUUGGAGAGAAGACAGAAGAAUGGGGUUGAGAGGGAUGUUAAAUAAGCUAUGAUGGAAUGGCAGAGCAUGCUCAAUGGGCUGAAUGGCCUAAUUCUGUUACUAUGUCUUACUGUCUAGCUUCCAGUCCAAUUAUACCGAUCCAUGUAGCAUAAGCCAAAAAUCAGCAAUGUAUGUUAUUGUUUUUAAAGGCUUAUCUAUUUCUGUGUAUCAUUGUUAAAUGUCAACAAAUGGAAUAAUUAUUGCAUAUUCUAAUACUUAAGGUUGGUGUGUUUUCGGAGAUUUAAAGUUCACAGGAUUACAGCACAAAACACUAAAUUCACUUAUUUUUCUUUUGAUACUGGCUCAGUGACAGGAAGCAGAGAAUAGUUGUUUUCGGACGGAGAUGUGAGCUGGUGUGCUUCCCAAUGUUCAGUUUAGGCUCCAUAAUCUCCUUUUAAUUUUUUGGAUGCUGUAGACCCAAAAGGAGCACCAUUUGAAAAUUUUCAGAUGCCAUAAAACUUGCCAACAUUAUAAAGAGAAUUGAGGGAGUACUGGCCUGCAGAAUAUCGUUGAUAGAUUGGCUAAAAGGACAGAGCAUAGAGGAUGGGAGUUCAAGGCAGAAAAGUAUGCAUGGUAGAAGGUCGGUAUGAAAAACCCUUAUACCAUAAAUUCUUAAUUCUGAUUAAUGUAGAUGAGCAGUGACUCCAAGCCAUCUUAAUCUGGAAAAAUAUCUACUCACCACUUUCUGCUUUGUCACCAAAACAUUUGUAAAUUUAAUGUCCAUUGUAAUCCUGUGGUUUUAAAAUCUUUGAAGGUGUUCCCACUUUAAGCAUGAGACUCGCAAUUAAUGUUCAGUGCUCAUUCCAUGUGCAGAUAUUCAACAAUGAAACUUAAAUAGGAAAGCCUUUAAAAGUGGCUGAUUGAAGAACAUAUCCUUAUGAUGCAGGAGCCCAGUGAGGCCAGCAAGUCCACGCCAACUCCCAUGCAGCAUUCACCCUCAUGAGACAAUGUUAGGCUUUAGACGAAAACUAGCCACUCUCAGGAAAGAUGUAAAAUAAAGAGUCUCCAAGAGUUUGGGAAUAUGCUUUUAUGUAUAUAUAGAAGGAGCAGGGGUAACUUGAUAGAUGUAGCUGAAAGGUUCUAAUGGAAUGGAGUACAAUUGUUCCCUUGGCAAGUGGAAUGAUAACCGGUCAUAGGUUUAAAAUUGUUGACUCAAUACAGUUGUGAACUGCCAGAAGAAAAAAUGGCAGCUGAUUUCAUAAAUAAAUUUCAAUGAAAUUUGAGCAGGCAUCUGUGGAUAAAAAAGUUAUAUAGUCACAAACAAAAAUGGGAUCAUUGAACUAAACACAACUAACUGCUCUUCAAAAGAGCUAGCACAGACAUAAUAAAGGAGACCUGAGGAAAAUCUUUAUCAUUUUUUAAAGUACGAUGGAAAGUAAAUUCAAUUGUGGCUUUCAAAAAAGAAUUACUUGAGUACUUCAAUGGACCAGAUUGCAGGAACAAGAGCCUGUGAAAGGGAUUACAUAAAAAUCAGUUUCUGCUUAGUCGGCCAAACAGCCUCCGUCACUGCCGUGGUACUUCUACAACUCUACAAUAACCAGAGUAAAUUGCUAUUCAUUGAGGCAGAUAUUGUAAGCACACUCAGAUGAAUACAAUAUUAAAAUUUUCAAAAAAGAACUUGCAAUGUUAAGGAACAUUCUUACUUGGCUAGUCUUUGAACAGAGAGCAGUUGGUCUCCCAGUAUAGUCACAUAAUAGUGAUACAGUCAUAAAACAGCAAUGUUUGUUAACUGAUUUUACAUAUAUUACAUUGUUAUGUACAGCAUAUAUUCAUAGAAGAACUUGGUAUUAUGGCAGUUAUAAAGAGCUAGUUUGAGCCAGCUCUUGUUUAACUUCUGAACCAAGUGGUUUACAUUCUGCUUGCGCAGUUCUCAGUGGAAUUCAAAUACGUAUUGUUUUUGUAUUAUUCAUAUUGUUUCUCAUAAUGAAAGUUUUGAGUUUGACUUUUUCAAUAAAUAGAUUUUAUCGUAGCCAUUAGUACAGUAUUUAAUGAAAACUUAGUUUUUUUUUACUGUUCACAGAACCUUGUUAGUCUUUCAACAUUCUAUGAAAUCUUGUAAGAUUCGUCACUGAGCGGUUCUGAGACUUGAGCUAAUUCAAGAGAGCUAGACCAAUUCAUUAGUAGGUAGUUAAAAGCCUCUGAAAUGAAGCUGCAAGGCCAUUACUAAAUUACCAGCUCACUGUGUAUACAGGAUGAAUGCUGUGAGAAAUUAGAGAAGUAUCAUUUUAGUAUAGGAAGGCUGGGAGCAUUCCAGGACAAGAUGGGAAUGUUUUGUAUGGACAAGGAUUACCUAAAAUGUCAAUCUUUAAUGCAAAUAGUCACUUCAAACGCAAAAAGUGUCACAAGAGGGAAAAGAAGUCACUCAUUCAUCAGGGACUGGAUAAAUACUCCUGUAGGCUUCAUUUUAGGAUUAUCUUCUGAUUGUACAAAGAAACCUGUCCAAUUUAUUUUGAAAUAUUAAUAGCAAUUGAUAAUGUACUCAAAAACAAGUUAUUUAGAGUUCUGAGCAUAUAGCAUUAGUGUUAAGUUGACUAAAGUGAAGGAAGUUGUGAUUUCAAAGUCUCCCAUAAGAGUAAUGACUGUGAGGAAUGGGCACCAAGUUAAAAGUUAAUUUAAUAUCAGUUACAUUUUUAAGAUGGGGCUGGUUACAUACUGUAGGUUGAGGAUUGUGAUGACAGAAUAUAAUGAUAGUUUCUGAGUGCCAACACUCGUCAUUCAAAUACGGUUAAUAGUCAUGAAUGAAAAAGAUUAUGAGAAACUGACUUAAAGGUAUAUUUUUUUCCUAAAUUAGCUUCAUCUAUUGCUGUAUUACUUUGUGUGGUGCCUCACUGCCAUUAGGAGUGGUUGGACUUGCAUUUAUGGGGCCUGUCUCAUUGAAAUAUAUUGCUUAGCUGGCCGGAGAUUCAGAAGGAAGUUUCAUUUUAUCCUGACAUUUGAUCAGUUGGAUCAUCAAACAUGCUAUUCUCCGAGCCAUAAAGUAAGUUUGUCUAUGUACUCGCUCAACACUUUUAAUCCUAAAUCUGAUUGUCUUUUAUUUUGCUAUCUUUAUUAACAAAUAAUUGAAAACUAAAACACUACAUAAUCAUGCAGGAAUCGAUUUUCUUGAUGGGAUGGGAACUGCUGUCUCACAUACCUAUACAUUGUUCAUCUGCUUGUUAGACUGGAGAGCAAAGAACAAAUUGUCUAUAUCUUUUGACCUUCAAAUCCUGCAUAAGGCUGCUGUUUUCCUUUGCCCUGUUCACUCUUGCUCUAACAAAGGUAAAGAGUUUUGUCAGCUUCCAUAUUUGGUGAUGAAAGGUCAUAUUUUCACUUUUCUCUGUCAUAACUCACUACCAUAGCCACCUCCUUCAGCAAAGGCUUGGCCUGUCUUCUAAUGGCCUCUAUCAGGCUAUUAGUCUAACAUUUGUUGCUCUCUUUUAGGCAUUCUGCAUUCUUAUUAUGCGUCAUAACUUGCAUUUUUGAUAGUUCAGCAAAGGUCUGAAAUGCGUACAAAAAUCUUUGCUUAUUUUGCAUUUUCUGCAAUUCUGUAUUUGAGUAAAAUAUCUCUAAUAGCUGUGAAGUACACGGUUUACUUGGAUGGUGGUAUCAAAGAUCAUGCUGGAAUUCAUAAUAAAGUUGUUCUUGUAUAAAUUUCCUACUUGUGCUGAGAACUUUUACCAUGGGUUUUACAGCCAAGGGCCCAUGAUAAACCUGUUACUACAAAUACAGUCACAAUUUUUCAAGCUGCAAGGGAAAGGCUUAAAUCAUUUUUGGAUUUAGCCUCAGUACAGUUCUGCUGUGGAUGUACACUGACAAAUUCUUAGCUGCAACUCUCUAGUCUAAUGCUACUAAAAACUGUAUACCUCAUUUUUUUCUGAGGCUAUUAGUGAUCACGGGAAAGGCUUUGGGAGUAAACCCCCAAGGAAAAAUCCAGAGUCGGAGACCCAAAGGCGGCUGACUGUUGUACCCAGCACCGGCACAGCAACUCCUGCGAUGCUGCUGGCAACAAACUGUAUUGACUUUCAUCGUUCCUUUGGACCAGUCAUCAGCAUGGAGAGGGGGGUCCCACUGCAUGGGCAACAGACGGAUCUCCAUAUCAACUCUGCCCUGGAGAGGCCACUCCCAGUGACUACCAGAGGCGCAGUACCCAUGGUCGACCAUGACUGGCGGAGGCCACACAUUAGUGAUCACUGCAAGCCUCGUGCUCCUAGACAUUCCCAAUUUGAGAGCAAGUCUGAGACCUCUUAAAUAUGUCAAACUUUUAUUAAACAGAGGUAACCAAAUCCUGUGGAUAUGAGGAAGUUUAUGGAUUUGGAAGGGUAUAUCCUAUUGCAGUGUGGCUCACAGGAGAGACAGAGGUCAUUGUCAUUGCCUUAAAGACAAUUGUGGUGUGCCAACAUGACAUUACCUCUGAAGAUUAAAUAAAGAUCAUUGCUUCUAAAUAUAGAUGCAAUUGUGAUUUUU